CUAAAUAUUUAGCAUGCGUUGAGGAAUUGGCUUUUACAAAAUUAACUUAAUUAUUUAUAGUAUUUCGGCUUCAACUUCGUACAGGACUUUUAUCCCUAUUUGGUGCAUCCGCAAACAGCAUUGGCAUGGCUCACAGAAUCUGCGACUGCUGUUUCCCUACCGCCAAAGAGAUAGAGCAUUAUAGGGGCGACAUACCCGACAUUUUAGAGUGUCAAUGCGGCGCGAAUGAAGCCGGCAACGGAUAUUCCUGGCAAUGGGAGGCCUCUGAGGAGUCGGUUACUGUGGUCACUGAUAGAGAAGUGUUCUUUCAUCCCACCAAAAGUAAGGGCUCUGCCAUUGUGAAGGGAAAACAGUCCCUGGAUCCCGGCAUGCUGCAUUAUUGGGAGAUGCGUGCCAUCUCUCCCCUAUUGGGUCCAGAAGUGAUGUUUGGUAUCGGAACACAGAACGUAAACCUCGGAGAAUAUGCCAACAUAUCCGUUUCGGCUUUGGGUAUCAAUGACCAAUCUUGGGGUUUCUCGUAUUCCGGACGGAUUCAACACAGCGGCGAGCAGCUGCCCUACUGGCACAAUUUCUCCCAAAACUGCCUGGUUGGAGUCUAUUUGGAUCGUUCCCGAGGUCACUUGGAGUUCUACCUUAAUCGGAAGGGAUUAGGGGUGGCCUACACCAAUGUGCCUGUGGAUCCAAACGUUAAGAUAUAUCCCAUGGUCUGCUCCACGGCAGCGGGGUCUGCGAUAAGGCUAAUCAACUGCACGUCAGUACAGGAUACCUUGCAGCUUCGGUCCUUUCAAGCACUGGCCAGGAAGCAGCCAGAUCAGGUCGCCAUACUGCUCCAAAUUCCGGGAUUUAAGGCGAUCUGUAAAUCCUUCUGGUUCCUUUACCUCUUAUUGCAUUACUUUGGAUAACCUGGAUUUUCGUCAUCUGAGAAACCAAAAAAUAUUACCGAAUGACUUAAAAAACCGUCCCACAACUUGCUGUGUUGUAUAGGUUAAUUUAUGUUAUGUAUGCAUUUAUUUUAAAGCACGUAAUUAUACAAUCAAAGGAAUUGGGAGAAAUAAAUGGGUGUGUGCGUAAAUAA